AUGAGGCAGGUCAAUCUUAACAUCUCUGCCUGCUGUAAACUACAUGGAAAGAUUGUCAGUCUAGUCCAGUCUUCGUUUCAGAUUGUCCUCUGUCUGAUCCUGUCUGGUGUUGUUGGCUGCCUGCUGAUUGUUGCCUUCCAUGUUUCAGCAAUGGCUCCACUCUCCUCUCCAUCUGGCUAUGUCCAGGAGUUGGAGAGAAGAAUCUCCAACCUCUACCAGAUCCAGGGGGCCGAGAAGCUGAUGGACACCAUCGUCUUCGCACCACCACACGCUGACUCAACCGGUUCAUCUGUGCCUGAUUUCACUGCUCCCAAUACUGCUGCUGUGACCACCCCUCCUCCAGAGCCCAUAUCUCCUUGUCAAGGCUCUGAGAUAAACCUAAGGCCCUGGCUAUCUCUACUCCAUCUCAGCAGGAUCACUGGUCCCAUAUCAAGUGCCUGCACCGGGAAAACGUGGCUUCCACCACAGGCUCCUCUCUUCCACCUUCACCUGGAGAACAGAUAUAACAUUCUUGACCUGCACGAUUUCCUUCUCUUACCAGUGUCCACAGGAUCCCAACCUACGUCCUCUUGGCUGGCCCAUGAGUUCCGCAGCCCUCCUUCAUCCCCGUCCUAUCCACCUGCUGAGCCAGAGCACUCCAAUACCGAGUCCCACCGGUGGUCAAUACUGUCCUUCACACCUGCAUCGUGCUUGCCCAUGUCCCUCCCAUCUUAUCUCAUCCUCCCUCGAAAGUUCCUCUCCAUUGUCUCAUCCCUCUCCGGUCAUGCAGACUCCACGUCAGCUUUUCCCUCCGACAACCUUAAUCAUAGGCGACUCCGUUGUAAAAACGUAUUGGGGUUUCCCCGGGGAUCCCCGAGAGUUAUAGUCCAUGUCGGUACAAAUGAUACUUCCCUUCGCCAGACCGAGCUCACGAAAAUUCACUUCACCCAACUUUUACAUUUCUUGAAAAACUGUGAAUUGUCUGCAUUUAUCAGCGGUCCCUUCUCCACUAAUGGCCAACUAAUGGUUGAGCAGAACCUGGCCGAGUCUUAUCAUGUCUAUGAAAUAUCCAAGCUUUAUCUGAGCCUUCGUCAGAAGAUCCCUGAUGACCUCGAGGAAUAA